UGGAAGUUACUGUCCUCUCUUGGGAAGCUCUGGUUCCCCUAUGUUUGAAAUGGGAAUUUGAAGUGGGGAAAGACCUGUGGUGGCAUUGCAUUUGAGCCUACUGUUUUUCUUCUAUAAAACUCCUAAAAUUUUGCCAAAUUAUGAGUUUCUCAAAGCAGGAGUUUGCAAGUGUCCCAAAUAAAUUUACUUGUUCCUUGAGCUAAAGGUGCUCAAGAAAGUUGAAAUCUAAACAUUUUCGUGAACCUCACAGAUUUUUUUUUGGGUAAAUAUUGCAAAUGCUUAUCCACAGAGUAAUUGAGCAUACUAUGGCACAAAGCUGAAUAGCUGUUGAAUUGUGUCCUCUGCAAUCUGUGGCGUUUGUGGCCUAAUAUGAUGCUGAAGUACACGCAGAAAGUCUUUUUUUUUUUUUUGUCCUUCAUCCUGUCCAGUAAAUGUAUGAAGAUAAAGAAAAGCAUCUUGAAAAUGGGAAUGUGAAGUGGGAAGCUGGCUAGGUGGUGAACUUCAGAAACAGAGAAAACAACAGGACUUGGGGAGAAUAAAAGGUGUCCAAAAGUCCCUGAUUUUGCAGGACUCUGAAGUCAGGCUUGAAGAGGUGGCAUCCUUUGGUUAGGAGCCAUUACCCUGAUGGGUACAGGUCCUCAGUGCAGAGUUAAAAACUCCUAAUGUUGACUACCUUGAAUGUACGCUUUGGUAUGUAGUUUCAAAUGACGUAGCUUUUAGAGCUAAGCACGUAGAAACCGGGAAACUCCAGGUUAAAGAUUCUCAGUGCAGCUAUAAUUUGAUUCUUCUAUUCACAUUUAGAAUUGGAUUCUACUGGAUCUGCUGGUCACGGAAGUUGUGGGUGAUGCUGUACAUAUCAUUGGAGACAAGCUUCUCACACGUGGCCUUGAUCCAUGUGCUCAUUCACUGAUGUCCAGCUUGUUACUUUACCGUCUUACUCGGUCCCCAAGGCUUGCAGCAGUGACCAAAGUCGGAAGGAGCUGACUUCUGAACAUACCAGGCAGGAUGAAGGACCGGCUAAACGAGCUGCAUGAAUUAGCCAGGUUACACAACCAACAGUUUACUGAAAGUGAGGAUGAUGAAAAUUCACCCCACGAUGUUCUGCUUUAUGAGACUGAUUAUGCCUUGGAAAUUCUCCAUAACGACAUACAGAACAUCCGGACAGAAAAUGACUAUCUAAAAGAGGAUGUGAAGCGGCUCAGAAAGCAAAACAACCGCUUUCUUACUUCCAUGCGCCGUCUUAGUAGCAUCAAACGAGAUACUAAUUGUAUUGCCAGAGACAUUAAGGCCCGUGGAGAAAGCAUCCACAGGAAACUUCACAUAAUGAGAGAUUUCUGUGAAGAUGCAGUAACAAAAUAUGGGGCUAUGUCUGUUAUUGCCAGGGUAGCAAAGAACCACUAUGUUGACCUCAUGCACUCAUUUCAGGGAGCCAUGUUUGAAUACAAUGCAGCAGAGAUGAACCAACGAGAGAACUGCAAGAUUCGAAUUCAGCGGCAGCUAGAGAUAAUGGGCAAAGAUGUUUCUGGCAACCAGAUUGAGGAGAUGAUUGAGCAAGGCAAGUGGGAUGUUUUCUCUGAGAAUCUCUUGUCAGAAGUUAAGGGGGCUCGCUCUGCCUUGAAUGAGAUUGAGACACGUCAUAAGGAGCUUGUGAAGUUAGAAGGUCGCAUCAAGGAAGUUCAUGAGCUCUUUCUGCAGGUGGCCCUACUAGUGGAGGAACAGGCAGACACCUUUGACGUCAUUGAGAUAAAUAUGCAAAAUGUUGAGGACUAUGUAGGAGAAGCUAAAGAGCAAGUGAAAAAAGCUUUGGAAUACAGAAGAAAACACCCCCUCAGAACAAUCCUCUGCUGCUGCUUAUCCUGCUGCAGAAGAUGAUUGUCCCACUGAAGCUAUCACAGACUAACCUGAAUAUCUUCAAAAUCAGGCAUUCAUUCCAGUGACUUUUUUCUAAUGACA